ACUAAGUAGCUAAGAAGAAGAAGAAGAAGAGCAAAUGCCAUCUCUUCCUCCUCCUCGGCGCUACGCCGUGCUUGGCGCCGGCCACGCGACGGAGUACAUCGAGCGCGUCCAUGGCGGCUUCGCGAGAAUGCUGGCUCGCCUCCUCGGAGACCCAGAAACCAACGAGCGGUGGGACACCUACCACGUCGUGGACGGUGAUUUCUCCUUCCUCGACGAAGCCGAGGCCUUUGAUGGCUUCGUCAUCACCGGUAGCAUCUCCGAUGCGCACGCGGACGAUGAGUGGAUACUCCGGCUAAGAGACGCGGUUCAGGAGCUCUGUCGGCUGAAGAAGAGGGUUUUAGGGAUUUGUUUUGGGCACCAGAUCAUCGCGCGCGCGCUCGGUGGGGCGACGGGGAGGGCUGAGGUCGGAUGGGAGCUCGGAGUGAAGACGCUGGUUGUGGAUUCUUUGAAGAUUGGGGAGAUUUAUGGGAUUGAGUUUCCUUCUAGGGUUGAGGUUAUUGAGAGCCAUCGUGAUCAGGUCUCAGCUAUUCCGCCAGAAGCUGUUGUUUUGGCUUCAUCUGAGAAAACUAAAUUUGAAAUGUUUGCAAUUGGAGAUCAGAUUUUGGGUAUCCAGAGCCACCCUGAAUUUUCAAAGGAUGUCAUGAUGGAUAUAAUCCAGAAUCAGCUUUCAGCAAAUUCAUUCAGUGCUGAGUUUGCAAAUGAUGCUAUACAGAGUUUUGAGAAAAGCAAACCAGAUGAAGAAGUGAUGAAAUAUUUGUGCAAGACAUUCUUGAAGGGAAAUGGGAAAGCCAAAUCUGGUGCUGAGUAAAUUAAUGGGUAAUUAAGUGAUGCAUUUAUUGGAUUAAUCUUUGAGCUUUGUUAGCCUUUGUCAGGUGUUUUUUAGUACAGCCAUAGUAUGUGAAGAUGUUCUUGUUUAUUUCCCAUGAUUUCAUUUUAGGGCUUAACCUAUCUUGUUUAGCUACCAAAUCAUUUCAUCAAAAGAAGCCAUCUUUUUUAUGCUAGGUUAAAAGUUAAUUAAAAGUUAAUUAAAACAGUGACUUUAGGGCCUAACCUAUCUUGUUUGAAUUUGAUAUGAAAGGAAAAUUUAAUUAAUUAAAUUGUUAAUUGGAAGUUACCUUUUUACCCUCA